AUUGAUGCAGUUAGUUAAAAUUUCUGAGAUGUCAAUUGUGAAUUGCUCUCGUCAAGUCAUGCCAUGCCAUACCAUGCCAUAGUUCUAUUACUACCACUUUGUCCUCCAACUAUGCAUGCAACAUUCCUAGAUGACGACACUAAAUAGUUUAAACGUUGACUUGAGGCUGUCCAAAACUUCACAUUGGUGCUUGUGAGGUGGGGUUUGUUGGUUUGGAGGGCCGGUUUAACACCUGAUUGAGAACAGAGUGACAGAAGAAGAGCAGUGACAUCUUGAAUGAACUGAAGAGACCUCCAGAAAGUUGGGAUUGAAUGGGAAUCGGCAUAGAUGGAGCUAAAGGUCUGAAGCGGACGUGACACUUCAACCUUCAAAAUGAAGUAGGAAAUGUAGGACUUGUAGUUUGUUUAUUUGAGUGAUAUUCUGACUUACUCUUGUUCAUUUCAAAAACUAUGUUGUUUGCUAUUAGAAAAUUAUAGUUUUUUUUUUUCAACUGUCUUUCUAAAUUAUUGUUUUUUUACCUCCUAAAAAUACAUGUUUGCUUAUAUUUAAAGUAAAAAUCUGUUUCAAAUAAUUACAUUAUUUAUAAAUAGUAAUUUCAAGGUUUCUAAAAAUACAAUAAUCUCCAAAAAGUAUUAAACAUUUUUGUCAGUUGUCAGGUUGUUUUUUUUUGGGCCAACUUAUUUCUAAAUUGUUUAGCAUUGCAUUGAUCAUGGAAGAUGAAAUAUUGAAAUCUAUCACAAAAAUAAUUUUUGUUGUAAAAUUACUUUUUUCACAAGCGCAGACACAAAUUUUUACCAUAUCGUGUUUUAUAAAAUAUCUUACGAAUUCUGGCAAAUUAUUUUCCCUUGAUUUUGCAGGACUCUUGGAGGUUUGCAUGGAGCAUCCUGAUGUUUGUUGUUGUUUUUUUUUCUAAAAGUUAAUAAGUCCCAGAUGAUGUCAUUAGAUUCCUGACCUGGACACCUUACCCUGCAAUGAACUUAAAUGGCUCAAAUACUACAGGAGGCUCCUCAGAGACGAAUGGUGUCAGCGGCGCGGGUGGCACAGGUUCGGGUGGCCUUUGGGUGACAUCCCUGCUGGGUGCCACCCUAUCAGUCAUGUGGUUACUUGGCACAGCAGGCAAUGUGUACACCUUGGCCAUCACACGUUCGGCUGCGCCGAGCCGCACGGGCUCAGUCUAUAUCUAUGUGGCCAACCUGGCGCUGGCUGACCUGCUCUACCUCUCCACCAUCCCAUUUGUGGUCUGCACCUACUUCGCCCAUGACUGGCUAUUUGGAGACAUUGGCUGUCGGGUCCUGUUGAGCUUGGACCUGCUCACCAUGCACGCCAGCGUCUUUAUCCUGGCUGCUAUGAGUUUGGAGCGCUACCGGGCCGUGGCCCGACCCCUCAGCACUCGAAACUCGUCCCCACGGAGUCGUAAGUUGGCGGCCGCCGCCAUCUGGGUCACAGCCUUCGUGCUCACUCUGCCCAUGAUGGUCAUGAUCCAACUCAGACAGGACAAGCCGACUCCAGCCGGCGUGGUGAAGAGGAUGUGCUUCCCGACAUGGACCCUGGAAGCUUUCAAAGUCUACGUGGGUGUCUUGUUCCUGACCAGCGUUCUUGUGCCAGGUCUGGUCAUGGUCUCGCUGUAUGUGGGCCUCGCCAGGCGCUACUGGGCCAUGCAGGCCCGCCUAGGAGUACGAGGGCGCUCAGCCCGAGGCCGAGGGCUCAAACAGCGUGUGGUGGUGAUGAUCUUCAGCAUUGUGGUGGCCUACUGGGCCUGUUUCUUGCACUUCUGGGGAUGGCAGCUGACCCAGCUCUUCUCACCGGAGUCCCUCAAGGCUCUAUCCCCGGCCACACACAACUACGUCAACUUUUUUGUCACCUGUCUGACAUACGGCAACAGUUGCGUCAACCCUUUUCUCUACACACUGCUUACCAGAAAUUACAAGGACUACCUGGCACAGAAAGGCCAGUCCACUGUGGUCAGCAGGAUUGAGGCAACUAGAAGCUCACCCCCUCUGAACUCUUAGUCAGGGCAGUUUUGACAAAGGGUUUAGGGUUGGUUAGAUGAUCAAAUGAUGCACACCGACUGACACACCAUAAGAAAAUAAAAUACUGUAUACAGUAUAUCAAAUUACCCCAUAAUUGAAUGCAAAUUUCAAUGCUUUUUUCCCCCCUUACCAACCCAAUUAUUCGGCAUAUUUAGAGGGGUUAGGUGUUUUUUUUUUUAGGUAAUUAAAAGGAUAUAUUGUUGAAAGUACAUUGCAGAACAAUAUUUUCAAAAAACAGCAAAUAUUAAAUAUGCUGAUUUCCUUUGCAAUUAUGUAUAUGACAUUUUUCUCCUGAAAUGUCAAUUAGAAGUGGAAUGAAAUCAUGUUUUAAGUAUUUUUUUCCCAAAUGAAAAUGAACUGUUCCUGAAAGUAGUAUUAUACAGUAUAUCAGCUAUAUUGUACAUACUUCAUGCAACAGACAGUGGCGGUUUUAGAGGUGGGGCCACAGGGGCAUUGGCCCCACCUCUAAUUUGAAUGGCCCCUGAAGUGCCCCUGUUCCCAUUUUAGCACAAAGCAUGGCAAUCGGCGAAUCCUUCUUUUCUGAACUAAGAGAGAAUGAGCUUAUGUUGUUUCUAGCGUAUAUUAAACAUUAAUGCUGCUUUUCGUGUUUGAAAUGGCCUUUCAAAAAAAGUGAUUAUUAUAUAAAAAAAAGUUAUUGUUCCAUCUAUUGUAUCCUUACUUGCAAAAAGUAUACAAUUAAAUAUGAACUAUUACAAACUUUACUGGUUUAUCUUUGUUUGACAGUGUCAAGCAAAGAUGUUUAUACCCCCACAUGCAGGAUAAUCUGUGUAUUGCCUUGUUGACCAGAACAAACACAGAACAAAGAUGGCAGUGACACAUGGCCCCUGAGGGGUACAUGUGACCCUUUCCAGGCCCCUGCUUCAGAAAAAUCCUAGAACCACCACUGGCAAAAGAAUUUUUCUAUCACUGUUUCCAAAUAUCUUUUUCAACAGGAACUGAUUUAAGUUUUUAUGAACCCUAUUGUGGUCAUUUUUGCAACCCCCCCUCCCAAACAAAAACAUGGAUCUUCUAUUGUUAAAAUAUUUACAAUGAAUUUUCUAUGAACCAAUGAUAAACUGUUGUUUCCGUAUUUAAGGUUAACAAUACAACAUCUGUAAACCCUUUAUGAACAAUGCUAAGUGGUACUGAAGUGAACUUUGUCGAGACAGUAGUCGCACUUUUUAAGAGUUUAAUUACGUACGUUUAAUUUCAUUUAUCUAUUUUUUUUCUAACCUUUUGCUUGGUUUCCCCUCACGCCUGCUCAAACGGUCUUUUUUCUGAGAAUGUAGUCACUGUGAUACAUUCCUCGGGCUCUUCUCACUCUUUGGAGUCCUCCAGCUAAUUAUCUCGCAUACCCAUUUGACUUUUUUCGGUGGAGUAACACACACGACUGCCUUCACGUCAAAUUGGUCCUCACAGUCAAGGCAUUAGAUCAUUUUCCAUUAAAGCAUAUAUUUUCUUCAUUAGGUUCUCUGCAAGGUCUAGCUACUGAAAUAAUAACUAUCUUCCUAUUGAUGUUGGAUAUUGGUGCGUAUGUUAAAAGAAAUCAAAGACGACCUCCAUUUUUAUUGUUUUUAUUCACAAACCCAGUGAGCAAGGGUGUUCUCUGGCACCCUUUUGAGACAUUAACUUGACAUUAAAUGGUCAUUCCAAGUAUUUUUGAACAGCCAGGGCAGACAUCAAAGUGACCAAUCCUCACUGAGUGCUCUCUACUUGAGCUUCAUUCCGAUGAUCCUUGCAUCUCCUCUGACCUCAAAGUAUUUGUACUUGCCGUCACCCAGUCGGUUGGGGAAACUCAUCAUGGAGCCGUCAGGAAGCUUGAUAAAGAACUCCUCGAAGUUAAAGUUAAUGUAGAACUGCAAGAGAAAAAAAAACGUUACUGGACUUUGAAAUGCUCAGUGAGACCCUUCUAUCUUUUUAAAAGGCAUUUUAUGGCCCAAUAAAGCAUCAUGUGGUUAUGGAGUUGUUGACCUAGCGUUGACACAGUACAGAAGACCGUCCACUAACAAGCUUCACCUAAAGAAUGACAUUUAAGAUGAAUAAAAGGACUAUAAUUACAUUGCAACUUUAAACUCUUCAUUACAAGCACAGUUAAAUGGCAUUAGCAGUAUAGCUUGCAUACAACGAAGCAGAAAACUUCUCAGUGACAAUGUGUCCUACUAGAAAUGCUACUUUUGUUCAUCUUCACUUCAAACUAAUAUAAUACACUUUAUAUAAUAAAAAUCUGUUAUGUAUUGUAAUUACAAAUAAGUUUUGUUAAUUAUGUUGGUAAAUAAUAUCUUAUGAGAGCCUGGAGUGAGCCAUGACAGCUACAAUAAAGCUCAAAAUGUUAAACAUCCAAAUUACACAGCUACUUUUUUACUUUUAAUUGUUUUAAGUUUUCCUGUGUGAAACACUCAGAAAAACCCUUUGAAAUCUGAAAAAAAUAGAAAAAAAAGUUAAGAACUACUAACUUUUUUUACUGCCAUUUACAGCAUACAAUAACAUUAGUUAAGCAUGUUUUGGAAUUUUAUGUGAUAAAAAAAAUACAUUCUAUUUUGUUAAUGCAUUCAAUACAUCCACUUGUAGUGAAAAAAAUGUUACAUUGAAGAACAUGGGUGGUGCUGCUUUUCCCUAUUCAAAGUAUACAGCCUAAUAUCAAACCAUGUAACUGUUUUCUGGAAUUAUAGCUAUGUACGAAACUUAUAACUCAUAAGUAUGAGCAAAAUGGUCAACAAUUAAUACAGUCAUUAAUGCUCAGAUUUUAAUUUGCAAACUUUACUUUUUACAUUAGACCACUUUAUCUUAUUCAAAUCAUGCAUUAAAAUGCCACAUAUUAAACUGUCUUAUACACCUGAAUAAUUUCAUGGGGGAAUUAUUAUUUGAAACAUAUCUGAAGAAAAAGACCACUAGAUAUCUGGGGUAACAACAUUACCCUUUCUAAAAAUGACUUUAGCAACACGUACAAUUUAAAAAAUACAAAACGUCAUUUUUCAUUCCACAUUUAUUCGAUGUUAACUAAUGUAAGCAUUUAAUUGAUUUUUUUUUUUUUUUGGUAAACAAUGUGUAUACCAAUUGUGUUGAGAAUGUGAAAAAUUGGUGGAGUGUACGUAUCUCACCUUGCUCUCCUCGCCACGGCUGAAGCACAGGUUUCCGUCACGGUGCUCAUCACCCCAGCAGCCUCCUGACAUGGAGUUGCAAACAAUGACACUGUCGUCAAAGCGCGGGUUGAAGUGUAGUGCAAUGUUUUCCGAGUCAUGUCCGAUAUUGAUGGAGAAUCUGAAAGAUGUUGACAUGUGGCAAAUGAGCAAAAAUACUUUUUCAAAAAGAUUUUAAGAGUACCUGCGUGGAACUGACCUGCUACAGUCGUCGUCGGGCUUGAUACGGAUCUUGAAAUCCUGGCCCUCCUUAAUGCUCAUGUCCUCGAUUCUCUGAAAAGGAGAAAAACAAUGGAUGGAUGGAUGAAAGUAAAGAGAAAUUCAAUGGAUUAUUCCAGGGCUGCUCAUUGUUUUUUGCUCCAAGAGCUACCCACACUUGGUUGCGAUUGACUGGUCAUUUGCGAUCAAUGGAAUGGGCACCCCGGGAUUAUUGUAUGUCUUGAAUAACUUGAUUAUAUAGUAAAUUGCCAUUGGAUGACUGUGUAAAGACAAGUUUGAUGGAUGUUGAUCAUAUAUGUAUCACUAGAGUAAUGGGUUUGAUACAAAUGAAUCAAUUAUAUAAAAAGAGUUUACAACGAAACUCAUCUUUUGCUAAUGAUUAUGUGAGGUGUUCUUAUCAUCAUUGUUGAUGAUCAACCAGAUCACCACACAAUAAACUCAGGAAACAGGAAGGUGCUGUUUGUUCACCGCAUCGGCGCUGAUCAGAUAAAGCCUAAAAGACACACCUCACCAUAAACCGUCUAUACUUUGUGUACCACCUUAUUUAUCAGUACAUUUUAACAUACAAUGUUUACUGUAUAUACAGUGUGUAUUGUACAGUAUAUAUACAGUACAUCCAUUUGUAUAACUUUAAAUAAGAUACUUGAUGAUGGAAUCUAUUGGUAGACUGAUUGAUUAUCACCUUCUUCCUCCCACAUUCUGGCCCACACCCACAUUUAUGAUACGCCAUACUAUACCAUAUAAACAUAGUUAUACCGUCUCGUCUCUUUAUUAUUGAAUACAAAAGGGCGGGUGUAUGCCAGAGACCAAUCCCAUUAAGUCACUAUCUUUUAUAGUUAUUUUAUAAUUUGGAAAUUGAGAUUCCAUAUACUUUAAAGUAGUUUUAAAGCUCUUCUCAGACCAGCAGUUUAGAUUGUCCACCUCACAGUUUUUGAAUUUGAAAUCAUGGAAUAUGUGUAUGGGAAAAAAGUGUUUAGUAAAAGAACUACUGAGCUUAGCAUCUCAGACAGAAACUUUAAAAUCAAAUAGCUUUACCAGAGUUACAGUCGCAGUAACGACAACAUGAUUUCUUUUAUCUCAAAAAUCAAAACGAAUUGUUCAGAGAAAAUCGACACAACAAAUGAAAUUAUGUGCUUCACUUACCAUCUUUGCUGUGUUGAAUGGGUCUUGAGCAGUCCGUGCUUUGAGUGACAAGAGCUCACAAAUGCUUGUUCUGGGGUUUAUAUUACAUUGGUGACGUGAGAAGGGCAUGGGUCAGGAAGUGACAUUUAGAAAGAAGUAAAACAUUCCCCUGCCAAUGACAACACCCACCUGGAAAAGGUAUAGAGAACUAAUUCUAAACUUUGAUUACAAUAAAGGUCACUGAUGGUAUAUUGGUGCAUUCGCCUGAUUUUGGUUCAGGUGGCAUAGUUUCAGUUCCCACUCGGAGACACUUUUAAUGUGAGUAUUAGCGCUUCUCUGUCACUAUGAUAGGUGCCCUGUGACGGACGGGUGGUAUCAAAUCCAAGGUGUUGUCUGCCUCAAGCCCAAUGUCAGCUGGAUCCCCGAAACCCUGAAUAGGAUAAGGAAUUUGGAGAGCUAAUUAAUAUUAUAAGGUUUAAAGUAAAUACACUAUUGGGCUCACGUCAAAGAAAAAGAUUCACAUGCUGGAAAAGGAAUAAAAGUCAAAACUAGAGGAACACCCUGAGAGAACAGACCUCUGCCUUAUCAGGCAAAUUCAAUUUGGCCCUUUGACCUAAUGACCCCCAAAUUUAACUUUUCAAUUUCAUAUUACAAAUUACAAACAUAUCCUGCAAGUUUGAUAAUAAUGUGUUUCUUCUUGAGUUAUCUUGAACACAAACAUAC